AUGCAAACACAUUUAGACGGAAGUAAUCAAUCGGUUCUUUACGACAAUAAUAGACAAGCGUUUCAUCUGACAGUUAACUAUCAGACACAACGAUAUUAUUUCAUUGAUAUUAACGACUUCUACUUGUAUUCAAUCGACUUCAACGGAACCGAUGAGAGACUAUACACAAAGUCCAAAGAGUUCUUCGAUUCCGUGAACUCCAUGUAUGUCUUGAAUAGCGACUUGUAUUUAGCGAAUGAAUACAUGAUUUAUAAGAUACCAGAAAUUGAUUUACGGAUACAAAGCAUACAAAUCCUACAUAAGAGCCACAGAUAUAACGCCACUAACUAUCAGUUACACAACGCGGUAGACAUCGAUAGGCAAGAGAUCAAUAAAUUCAAGAUUUUAGACCCAAUAUUACAGCCAAAUGUGACAAAUGUUUGUGAAUCGCACGGCUGUUUACAUCUAUGCCUACCUACGGGCCAGUCUUACCGAUGUCUAGUACCGGACAGUUCCCUACCCGAUCCCUUGCAGCUAUGGAGUGAUCCCAUUGCGGAUAAACUUAAGAGUCGUAGAUAUUUAAUGAGCGAUAAUCCCGUCCAGAUGUCCGGCUUAAUGAAUGGACACUCAAAGACCAGGGAUGUGAUGAAGUCCAGUGAAAAUCUGUUGGACAGUGAGGAGGACAUUGAUGUAUCAUUCUCAAUCGAGUCUCGCUAAUAAUUUGUAACUUUUAUACUAUUAUAUUAUAUUAUUCAUGCUAUUUAAAC